AUGGACUAUGGUCCUUCAGAGGUGCUUAGACCUGCAGUGGCUAUUACUGAGAGAUUAGCAGAAUUAAAUUCCAUGUCUUCAUGUCGUAGAGGAGAAUUGAUUAUGCCUAGCACCUCUUCAUCCGAGACAGAUGUUGAAGUUGGGUGUGACAUAUUUAAGAUCACGAAGUAUAUGCGGUCGCACACAUGUUCUAUUGGAAUUUUAAAUCAUGACCAUAAACAAGCAACGACUACGGUAGUUGGUGAACUAAUCAAAGACAAGUUUACAGGCAUAGGACGUGUUUAUAAACCUCGUCACAUCAUUGAGGAUAUGAAGAAAGAGUACGGCGUAAACAUAAGUUACGAUAAGGCAUGGCGUGCAAGGGAAACCGCUUAUGCUCUUGCCAGGGGUACUCCAGAAGAGUCGUGCAUUGUUUUACAUACGUAUGGUGAAGCGUUAAAUAUGGAGAAUCUAGGUACAAGGUUUGAAAUCAAACUUGAAAAUGAUGUCCAUUUCAAGUACAUGUUUAUGGCAUUAGGACCUUGUAUUAGAGGUUUUUCAAGUUGUCGCCCUGUGAUAAUUGUUGAUGGAUCGCAUCUGAAAGAAAAAUACAAAGGGGCCAUAUUGGUCGGCGUCUCCAUGGAUGGCAACAACCAAGUUUACCCACUAGCAUAUGCCAUAGUGGACAAUGAAACUGAUCGAGCUUGGAAAUGGUUUAUGUCGAACUUGAAGUGUGUCAUUGGAGAACCCCCUAAAUUGGUGUUCGUGUCCGAUCGAGCGGUAUCUAUUGGCAAUGCCAUUCGUGUAGUUUUCCCACAACAUUUCAUGGAUUGUGUACCUACCACCUAG